AUGCCUGAUAAAGACGGUCCCAAAAGGGGCGGCAGAAUUGCCCUGCUCCAAGACCCUUUCGCUGUGUUCCCGGCUGAGAUCAUCCUCAUGAUGAUACUCGCUUUGUGGACCUUCGAGGACGUCAUCCAGUUCAGCCUGACAUCCCGCCGUCUGCACGCCAUAGUUCACCAGAACAUUGCCUACAUUUUCCGGAAAAUGGCUCCCAAGAUCCUCGGCUCGGUGCAUCUCCCGCUGCAGCUCUUAGCUGAUCAAGAGGGCGACCCCCGACUCACAGACUUGAACAAGCUCAACCCAGGGAUCCUAAUGAGAUUGCUGUACAACGCACAGACACUCGCCAUCAGGACCCUUGGAUAUAAGCCGAAUCCAAACUUCGAUCGCAUCUGGGUCCUUUUAGGCAGUAUCCCCACACUGAUGAACCCCAUGAUUCCAGACCUCACGGCCCUCGUAAACUACCUCCUCAGCCAAGUCCUAGGCGUGAACACCACCCACCCGCUCAUCACAAGCUUCCUGGCCCAAGACCCCGCCCAGAUCAGCGCGGCCCUGACCCAGCACGUCGCCACCCGAGCCUUCCAGCCCGAAGGCUACGGCCUUGCCAGCCGGUCCCCGCAAACCCGCCGUCUCGUGCGCGCCCUCUACCGGGCCUGGAGCCUGAGCCUCCUCGGCCGGCCCGCCGCCGUUCUCCGCUAUCACACCAUGACCCUGAAGGAUUUGUUCCUGGUCAGCGAGGCCUUCGCCGCCUUCCGGGAGCCCCUCGCCCAGCUUCUGUCCGCGAGAGUCGGGGAUGGCCCGCGGCCGACGGACAUCCAGCGCGUCGACGCGGCCCUGAGCGACGUGACCUUUGCCACCAUGGAGCGGUUCGGGUUUGUGCACCGCGAGAUGCUCCGCCGGCGCGAUGCGGUCGAGCCGGGGUUUCGCGAUGUGCUGCAGACGCAGCUGGACGGGCUGCGCGAGCUGUGGAAGACCGAGAAUCAGGACACGUUUCGUGCGGUGGUCACCCAGGAUCAGUACUGGGCCGGCCAGGGGAUUAUGAAUCCGGCAUCUGGGGAAGGGCUGUGGCAGGAGGAGGGGGAUGAUGAUGAUGAUGAGUGA